AUGAACUUCCCCGGAACAGGAGCCGGCGCCGGCGCGCAGCCCCCCGCCGGCGGCAUCAGUGGAGACGACCCCAAUGUCAAAGCCAUGAACAACUUUAUGGAGAACUGCUUCGCCAAGGGCGCCAUGUCGGGCGUCAUGGGAUUCGGCAUGGGUGGCCUCUUUGGCAUGUUCAUGGCCUCGAUGUCCUACGACACACCCUUCCACACAGCGACCCCCGGCGGACCGCAGACCCCCGUCUCCUCGCUGCCGAUGAAGCAGCAGCUGCGCGUCGGCCUCAAAGACAUGGGCCAGCGCUCCUACAGCACGGCGCGCAGCUUCGGCAAGGUCGGCGCCCUCUUCGCCGGCAUCGAGUGCGGCAUCGAGGGGCUCCGCGCGAAGAACGACCUCACCAACGGCGUCGCGGCCGGCUGCGUCACGGGCGGCAUCCUCGCGCGCAACGCCGGCCCGCAGGCGGCGGCCGGUGGCUGCAUCGCCUUCGCGGCGUUCAGCGCGGCGAUCGAUGCUUACAUGCGGAGCCCGGGCGACGAGUAG